GGUCCUUUUCGACCAGGUGCUUCUCCGGGAAAGAUGGCGGCCGCCGCGCGGCUGGGGCCGGCAGGGGAGGAGCUGGCCUUACUAGAGAAGGCGCUGGGCCUGCAGAGCGGGAACAAGUACGGCGCCCAGGGGGAGCGGCAGAUUCCUAUUCUGCAGACAAACAGUGGUCCUGGUCUCACAGGAUUAAUUACCAUAGCAUCACACUUAGUUAAACAGGCUAAGAAAGAGCAACUGCUUGGAAGUUCUGCAGAGGAGAAAGCUGUGGUUCAUCAGUGGUUGGAAUACAGAGUGACUCAAGUAGGCAGACAGUCUAGUCGAGAGGAUACAAGAACAGUUCUGAAGGAUCUUAAUGCACACCUUGAAGAUAAAGUGUACCUUGCAGGAAACAGUUUUACCUUAGCAGAUAUUUUGAUGUACUACGGAUUGCAUCAUGUCAUGGUGGACCUCACUGUGCAAGAAAAGGAGAUUUACCUUAAUGUAUCUCGCUGGUUCAACCACAUUCAGCAUUAUCCGGGUGUCCGACAACAUCUGACUAAUGUCAUCUUCAUCAAGAACAGAUUAUAUACUAGUGCUCAUUAAGGAGAAUUUUAAUGCUGUGUCAGAGUGGUAUUUGGGAGUCUAGAAGUUACAUUGUCCAAAACCACUGCCUUGCAAAUACUGGUUUGUAACCUUCCAUAUGUGAACCAAAACUGGUGAUGCCUCAAGUAAUACAGUUCCAUUGAAUUGUUAUUGUUUGUUCAAGAAUUUGAACUAGGUACAGAAUUUUAUCAUGUAUCUGAUUAAAUGCAACAAUGACAGAAAGAUGGGAAUUGAGUUUUAAUUCACUAUUUUUUAAAGAUGAAAUGUUCUUUUAGUUAAGCAUUCAACCGUAAUUACGUGGUCUUUGUAGGAGAGAAUUACGUAUUUUCCUUUGACUCCACACUCAUUUUACUAUUUAUUGAGUUUCUGCGUACGUCCCUCUUUUCAUUUUAUUUUCCAUGAAUGUUUACGCUAGUUUUGUAAAAGUUAAGAGCUAUAUUGUGUGCCAAUGAUGUGAAAAAAGGGAACAUAAAAAUGUUACAAAGUAUUUAUGUGACUGAAUAAAUUAUUUUAAAACUGUA